AUGCCCAUGGAAUCCGUCUUCUCCUCUCGCCGAGAAUACUGGCCACCAACCCAGAUCCGCUUGACUCCCACAAAGAUGUCUAUCAAGAAGCGAUCCAGCAUUGAGCCUCGACCGCUGCUUGAGGACAUUGAUGACAACCCUCUCACCUACUUCCUCACUCCCAUCCCCGACGACGAUGAGGAUGAUGAGAUGAUGAUGGACCUGGACUUGGACGUGGACAUGAUGGACUUUGACGCUGGUAUCGAAGACGCCAGCCAGCCCCGCGAGGCUGUCCGCAGCGUCAGCCCUUCCUCUCUCGAGGGCCUUCGCAAGCCCGACAGCAAUCGCCCGGCCACCCCAGAGUCCGACUCGGAUGCCCUCACCACCGAUGACGACGACGAAGAGGAAUACAUUCGCUUCUCCCCGGCAUCGCCCUCGUCGAUGCUCUCGCCACUGCGCGAUCUUGCCAUGGAGAGCCUUCGCUUCAGAGCAAAGACGCCCGUCUUCGGUCUCACUACCAAUGCCCUGCUCUCUCCCAACUCCUUCCCGGCACCCACCAGCAGCAGGGGCAGGGGCAGGACAAACAACCGCGCAUCACCCCGCCUGCAGACCAGGAGCCUCUCUGCUCGCGUGCGAGAGAACCACCUCUGGAGGGAACCCAGUCCCGACGUGUGGUCCAUUGAAGAGGAGACUGAAGAGGAGUUGAUGAGCGACGGUGGUGUAGACAUUGCGGCUGCAAAGCCAAAGAAGAGAGUGCGCUUCGUGCUCCCGGUCAACCAGUAA